UUGUUCCUGCACAUGAUGUUUAUUGAUACUUCUCUUUAUAGACCAGUUGUUUGGGUGGUGACUAGUGAAAUAUUUCCUCUCUCUGUUAGAGGUGUUGCUGUUUCAGUCACUACCUCUGGUAACUGGAUUGGGAACUUUGUGGUUGCUAUGGUAACCCCGUUACUUCUUAGUUUUGUACUAAAGACGACCGGUACAUUCUACAUACUGGCAGGGUUUCUCUUUGCUUCAUUUUUAUUUGUGUUGCUAACACUUCCUGAAACAAAAGGAGAGAGUUUAGAGAGAAUUGAUGAAUUGUUUCUGAGACCAUGGCUACAGAGGAUUAACAUAUUCUACUAUCUGAGGUGUUGUUGUCCAUGGUCUAAUGCUUGUAGGGUAAGGACUGCACAAGAAGAGGACACUGUAGCCAUUGUUGGUAUAAAGAAUGAGAACAAAGAUGAUACGAGUGAUGAGGCUGAAGAUGAUGAAAAUGAGUCACUGAUAAAAGAUACAGAUGUUCUUGAGUCUAGUCUUUCAGCUAAAUUUGACAAAUAAUGGAUGAAGCAACCUUUGUAUCAUUUUGUGUACUAAUAGCAUUGUUAGAUUUUUAUGAUGCAGACAGAUUUUAUUAUUUUGCUAUUAUUUUUAAAAAUUUAUACAUGCAGCAGGUUGUACAAUGUAA